AUGCUUCACAAACUAGUCGCUCCAUUCUUUACCAGCCUUCUGGUGGCCACUCCAGCACUGGCAGCCACAUACAGCCAUCUCGACCCAGCCCGCUGCGUGGACCCGUCUGGCAUGAAGAAAUGUGUUGAAAAGGUGAAUGAGGAACAGCAACAGUGCAUCAAUACAGGGUGCGAGGAUUCAGGAUAUGGAUGCCUCGAGUCGACCUGCUUGUGUGCGAGCAGCAUCAGCCAAAUGGAUUGCGCUCUGACACAUUGCUGGGACCAGGUCUAUAGCUGCGAGUACCAGAAAACGGUUAAACAGGUCGUGAAGACCUGCGACGACGGUCCAGAGGAGGGGUUUCCCUUCUACCCUGCCCCGGUUGAUGCACCCAAUGCUUGCUCAUGCAAUAAGGCGAAGAUUGUUGAAACCGUCGGCAAGGCGUUGGAGAAGCAGAAUGAUUGUAAAGGAGGGGGAUCAGAUGCGUGGGAAUCAUUGCCCCGGGCUGAAUUAAAGGCCAAGGUAGCCCCGGCUUGUGUCUGUUACAUGGAUCCAAACUACCUCGGUGUUGACGACUUCCUCAACAGCUUGCUGGGCGAUGCUUGGGAGAAGUGGCCUAAGUGCAAAUUCGACAACACCACUUGCCACACAGAGUACAAUUAUACGCUGCCCGGAAACAAGGACGCCAAAUUCUAUGAGCCUGGAGAGUUCCCCAAGAACGGAACACAGACGACAAUGACAAACCUUCCUGGCACCAUCACGAGCCCUAUCAGCGGCGCGAUUUUUACGUGGACGAUGAAUUCGACGGCGCACACCAUCACAGCGGCUAGUGUACAGACGACGGGGACCAGUGCAAGCCCGACGGUUGUCAGUGGAAACACGACGCCAACGGGCACAGGCGCGCAAGCAACGGAAAGUUCUAGUGAGGCUGAAGACAAGGGAAGUAAUGCUUCGGUGGUGGUUCCUCGAACUUGGUCCAUUAUCUCGCCGGUUCUUAUUUUCUUCGUAUUGUAA